AUGUCAUCUUCCGUCCCAAUGAUUGACUUAUCAUCCUCUGGAGAUGACGAUGAUAGUGACCUUAUGAGGUCCUAUCUGCCGGUACCUGGUCCUCUGGAUGAUUUGGAUGCUCCUUCUCUGUUAUUCGGAAAUGGAAAUCUGUGUCGAUCUACUCUUUCGAUUAAUCAAAUUUCUUCUAUGGCACCAUCACCUUUUUCUGAGAUUACGGUAUCCUCGCAAAGGCCGUUGGUGCCGAGAUCUGGAUCUAAUUCUAGUGAGCAUGGUGGAUUGCUGAAGGAAGUUAAGAAGAAACCGGUUGCUGAUAUUGCACAUGUGAGUUGGUUUUUUGUGAUUUUGAUAGUAAUGUGUUCUAUAAAAAUUCAAAAAAAAACUCCUUUGAAAAGGUACAACUUUUCAACUACACCUGUAAGGGGCAAGGUGUAA